CUCUUGAAUUUAGCUCUUUACCCUUGCUCUCGCAACUCAACGUGGUGAAGAAGGCCCAUGGCUGCCAACGGGGAAUGUGAAGGGCAAAUUUGGUCAGGUGCAGGCAAGACACAGGAUGAACUGAUGCUCAAAGACGAGUGCAUUCUUGUGAAUUACAUGGAUGAGGCCGAGCAAGAAACUUUGUAGGAAUGUGAACGUAAAUAUAUAUAUAUAUACAACAAAAUAUAAAUAUAUAUAUAUAGAUCUAGAUAGACAUAUAUAAAUAUACAACAAUCUACGGCAUACACAAAGAGGUGGAACAUUCUUGUAUUUCUUGACUUCAGUGAAACAGAGGUCAUUGGGCACAACAACAAGUACAACUGUCACAAGUUUGUACCUGGCCAACCUCGAGGAUUGCUGCAUCGAGCCUUUUCGGUGCUACUCUUUGACCACGAAAACCGUUUGCUGCUGCAACAAAGGGCCAAGAGCAAGAUCACCUUCCCACUUGUUUGGACGAACACCUGCUGCAGCCAUCCACUCUAUGGCAUGAAGCCAUGUGAAGUGGACCAGCCCGAAGCCAUUGCCCAGGGUGAUCCCAAGGGCGUGAAGGCCGCAGCAGUUCGAAAGCUUGGACACGAACUGGGUAUCCCAGCAGCGGAACUGGAUGCCUCGCGCUUUAAGUUCCUGACUCGAGUGCACUACUGGGCUGCUGACGUGGGCACAUACGGUUCGGAGGCCGUUUGGGGUGAGCAUGAGAUUGAUCACAUUCUGCUCUACCGUCUCAAUGCCGGUGAACAGCUCAGCGUAAAGCCAAAUGCUGAAGAGGUGGAGGCAGUUCGGUGGCUUGGCAGUGGAGACCUCAAAGAGGCGAUGGCAGGAAAGGGUGACAUGCCGCUUUGGUCUCCAUGGUUCAGAAUCAUCAAGGAGCGAUUGCUGGAUGCCUGGUGGCAGGACUUGGAUACUGCUCUCACAACUGACAAGUACGUGGACGUGACGUCCAUCCACCGCUUUGACACCGCGCCGGAGUUUCAUGGAGGCCUGGGUGAUGCCAAGCCUCUCUUGGACGAAGUCUCCAAGGCUGAAGCUGCUGCCCUCAAAGAAGGUGGAGAGGCCCAGCGUCGAAAAGUUGCGCUGGAUGCUGAACAUGAAGACCGCAUUGUGGGAUUCGUGGGUCGAGGAAAAGCUGAAGUCGACACAUCCGCAGGGGAUGUGAAGCAAGGCGGAUAUGGAAAGGUCCCCACCCACAAGAUCCCGAAGCUUGAUCAGCUGAUGAGGCCAUUGGAGAUCAUCUCGGCCCUGAGGCUGAAGUGUACAGGGCUUUUGGAGAACAACAUCAAGGGCCAGACAGACGAAGACAUCGAGUUCUGCGAUGACAUGCUCGGCAAGGUUUCAAGAUCUUUUGCGGCAGUGAUCCGACAGCUGCCUACCCAAUUGAGCAUUGACAUUUGCAUCUUUUACUUGGUGCUUCGUGCCCUUGACACUGUGGAGGAUGACAUGGAAGCUUACAAAGGUCGUGAAUCUGACAAACAGGCAGAACUCAUUUCCUUUGGAGAGAAGAGGCUGACCGACCCGAACUGUAGCAUCACAGGUGUCGGUGCAGCCGAUGAGCGAACCCUUGUGGAGAAUUUCGGUCGCGUGGCUCGUGUCUUUGCCAAGUUGAGCGAAGGCAGUCGAGAAGUCAUUCGAAACAUUACUGACAAGAUGGGUGCUGGCAUGGCUGAAUAUGUCUCUGCCGAUUUAGCACAAGGGACUCUCGAUCAAGCAGCAUACAACCGCUAUUGCCACAUGGUGGCCGGUCUCGUGGGCGAAGGCUUGACCCGAAUCUUUGUGUCCAGCGGAAUGGAGAGCUCUGAACUGGCAGGGCAAGGCGAGCAAGUGUGGAGCUUUUGCGCAGACCCUAAGAAAGAAGCUGCAAACCUUGGCCUUGCAAAUUCUAUGGGUCUUUUCCUCCAGAAGACCAACAUCAUCCGAGACUACUUGGAGGACUAUGUGGAUGGACGAGCAUUUUGGCCUCAAUCAGUUUGGAAAAGCUAUGCCAACAGCAAUGACUUGGGCGAGUUUGCAUUGCCCACUUCACAUGGUGCAGGCAAGCUUCUUCCAGUCAAGGCCGGUGGCGAAGUCCUGGCCAAGGGGGUGGGAGUGCAGGCGCUCUUGUGCUUGAAUGACCUGGUUGCAGAUGCCCUCGAACUGGUGCCAGAUUCUCUCGAGUACCUGGAGCGAGUCUCCACGCCAGCUAUCUACCGCUUCUGUGCGAUUCCACAGGUCAUGGCGAUUGCAACUCUUGCUGCUUGUUUCGACAAUCCUUUGGUGUUCACCGGAGUCGUAAAGAUUCGAAAGGGGCUCACUGCCCGGCUGAUCGUUGCUUGCUGUGAUGGUCCCAAUGCGGUCCACUUUUGGUUCAGACAGUUUGCCGAGGAGAUCUUGGCACAGACCAAGACCUGCGUGGGAGCUGAUGGACCUGUCGGAAAGCGUCUUGAAAAGAGUUGCCACCGCAUUUUGGAGAGGACACAGAAGAGGUCGGAAGCUUGGUCCGGCAAGCAGACGCAGAAGCGGCUGGUCGUGGGUGCGGUGACUGCCCUGGCAGUCUCCUCCUUGUUCGUGGGAACAUCUCUACAGAACCAAAGGUAAUGCAACUUUUUCGGCUUCUUUUAGAAGCCAGCUGUAUCCGAUGCAGCCAAAGCUCUAUGCCGUGCU